AUGUCCAUUGAUAAGGGCAAAAAUUUGGUUGAGGGGCCUUCGAGAUGCCCUAAUGAUCAAAUGGCAACAGUGCCAAGCCGAUACGAGGCCCAGAAGCGAAGGGAUUGGAACACUUUUGGGCAGUACUUAAGGAACCAGAGGCCACCUGUGCCCCUCUCCCACUGCAACGGCAACCAUGUGCUAGACUUCCUCCAAUACCUCGACCAGUUCGGGAAGACUAAGGUUCAUUUACAAGGUUGUCUGUUCUACGGGCAGCCGGAGCCUCCCGCUCCUUGCAACUGCCCGCUCAGACAAGCCUGGGGAAGCCUUGAUGCGCUCAUAGGCCGCCUGAGAGCUGCGUACGAGGAGAACGGCGGCUCGCCGGAUACUAACCCUUUUGCCUGUGGUGCAAUUAGGGUUUAUCUCCGGCAAGUGAAGGAGUGCCAGGCCAAGGCAAGAGGGAUUCCCUGCAAGAAGAAGAAGAACAAAAUGGGGACUCAGAGCCCCAGCCCAGAUGAUGAUGCUGUGUGGAAGAUGAGUACUGAUGAUAAUAGGGCUGGCUGGCUUAGAGACGUUGAUGCCAAAUACUGCUCCUCUUUUCCUGUAAGUAAAAAGAUAGCCAUGGCAUUGUGUAGGUUAUGGAGGUGCCCUUUACUUGAUAGCCAUGGUGUUGUGUAG